CAGCAGCAGCAGGGUGUGUGUGUGUGUACAAGUGUAACUCCAGGCUGAGGCUUCUACUCCAGUCCGGUAAAGAGAAAGCACAUUAUAGUAUCUAAAUUAACGUGAAUAACAUAUCGUCUCUGUCAGGAAGCCACACCAUGGAGUCAUUGGCAUCUGCAAAUGGGCAUUUCUCUCUUGAACUUUUCAAGAAGAUCUCAGAGAAGAACAAGACGGGCAACGUGUUCUUCUCUCCUCUGAGCAUCUCUUCAGCCCUGGCCAUGGUCUGCCUUGGAGCCAACGGCAACACUGAGGCCCAAAUGCACAGGUCCCUGAACCUUCACAAAGCUGAGGGUGACGUCCAUGUUGGCUUCAGUAAGCUCUUUGCUGAACUAAACCGAAAGGACUCCCCCUACACCCUGAGUCUGGCCAAUCGCCUCUACGGAGAGAAGUCCUACCAGUUUCUUAAGAAAUACCUUGCUGACACAAAGACACACUACCUUGCUGAGCUGGAGGCUGUUGACUUCCGUAAAAAUGCAGAGGCAGCUCGAGUGAACAUCAACACAUGGGUGGAGAAACAGACACAGAACAAAAUCAAGGACCUCUUGGCCCCAGGGGGUUUGGAUGUGCACACCAGACUGGUGCUGGUCAAUGCAAUCUACUUCAAAGGCAACUGGGACAUUAAGUUCAAAAGACAUCGAACAAAAAAAGUUCAGUUUAAGCUCAAUGAGAAUGAGAGCAAGCCUGUUCAAAUGAUGCAUCAGAAGGCGGAGUUCCCCUUCACCUACAUCCCUGACGCCAAUUGCCAGAUUCUAGAGCUGCCCUACGUGGGUAAAGAUCUGAGCAUGCUCAUUAUGCUGCCUAAUGAGAUGGAGGACAACACCACUGGACUAGAGAAGCUGGAGCAGAUGCUCACAUAUGAGAACUUUGCGGAGUGGACCAAGCCAGGCAGGAUGAGGACUGUUGAGGUGCAGGUGGGUCUCCCCAAGUUCAAGCUGGAGGAGAUGUACGACCUCAAGGAGAUCCUGGAGAGCAUGGGCAUGACGGACGCCUUCAACCCUGAGAGCUGCGACUUCUCCGGCAUGUCCCCCUGCAACGACCUUUUUCUGUCCAAGGUCGUGCACAAGUCCUUUGUGAAGGUGAAUGAGGAGGGCACUGAGGCGGCGGCUGCUACGGCGGCUUUAGUGACGAACAGCUUCUCGUCCCCGUCCCCGAUGAGGUUCAUGGCGGACCACCCCUUCCUCUUCUUCAUCCGACACAACGCCACCCAGAGCGUCCUCUUCUACGGCCGCUACAGCUCCCCUUAAGUAAUAAUAAUGUAUACUUUUUUGAUCCCGUGAGGGAAAUUCAGUUCUCUGCAUUUAACCCAAUUUAACCGAAUUAGUGAACACACAGCACACAGUUAACACACAGUGAGGUGAAUCACACAACCCAGAGCAGUGAGCUGCCUGCCCAACCAGCGGCGCUCGGGGAGCAGUGAGGGGUUAGGUGCCUUGCUCAAGGGCACUUCAGCCGUGGUGGACUGGUCGGGGAUCGAACCGGCAACCCUCCGGUUACAAGCCCUAUGCGCUAACCAGUACACCACGGCUGCCCACAAGUGGGUAGAAAAUGGACAUCCACAGCACUGAGGGAGGUGCACUGCAUGUGGCAACAGCAGGAACAUGAACUGAAAGGGAUGUGCUGUAGGAACAUGAUGUAACUCUUCUACCACUGAGUGAUACAGGGACACACACACACACACACACACACACACACAGCUCUUCUACCACUGAGUGAUACAGGGUUUGAUGAAAAUACAUCUUUUGUCUAGCUGUGUAUAUCCCAAAUAAAAGCCUUACCGCCUUAA